AUGUUUUUAGUAAAGAAUAAUGUGGAUAAUGCAGUUGAACAUUUUUCUACAAACUUAAUUAGUAAUGAAACAAAUGCAAAUACAAAUGUGGAAUUGUCUGUAACUUGUGAUCAUGUUGAAUUAAAUAUAAUUGAUAAACCAGGUUUAGAUUUAACAACUGAUUAUCCAACUGACCGGGGACAUUUUAAAGAGUUGGAUAUUGUAAAAUCUGAUUUGAAGAGAAGUAUUUUAUUGCACGGACCAUGUAAACCCGUAAACAUUGAAUUUCCAUACAGCCCCGAUGGUAAAGGUAUCCUUAGACGAUUUUCAGUACAGUUUUAUUACAAAACCACAAACACAGGACUGCGUUUACCCAGAACAUGGAUAUGCUAUUCAGUUAUUUUAGAUUGUACAUAUUGUGAAACAUGUUGGCUUUUUGCUGAUAGGAAAAAAAACAAUUUUAAAAUAAAUUGGAUAUCAGGAAUUAAUGAUUGGCAUCAUAUUGGAGAAAAAAUUGGAACACAUGAAAUCUCUCAGCAGCACAUUCAAGCCACUGAAGUCCGAGUACGUUGGUUAAAAAACGAAACUAUAGAUAAACAUAUGGAAGAUAAAAUUGUUAAAGAAGCUAGUUUUUGGAGAAGUGUUUUAAUUAGAUUAAUCAAAAAUCAUUUUAUUUUAAACUGCAAGGAAUACUGCCCUUCGAGGAAAUGA